AGUAGUUGACUUACAAACUUCAACUGGAACUCUAACACGACCAAUUACUAAAAUUGUUGUUUUACCCGUUAAUUAGUCUAAUACUUUUACUCAAACCCUAACCCAAUAUAACAAUAUCCUUAAUUAUUUUAACUAACCCAUAUACUAACCCAAUAUAUUAUGAAUCAUAUUUAACACUUCACCCUAACACACUAAUUCAUUCAUAAUAUUUCAUUUUCAUAAACCAUCUUUUAAUUCCAUACAGAAUGGCACCCAAUAACAAACGAGGAUCUAACUCUGGUCGCUCUGGUCGCCGUAAUACGCAUCACCACAAAGGAAGCCGAAGCCAUCAUAACCCCAAAAGAACAACAAAAUAUUAUGGUUGCGGUAUUUGUAAGGCUGAUCAUAGGCUAAUAAACUGCCAUAAAUUCAAUAAAAUGAAUUUGGCAGAAAAAUAUAAAACUGCGGUCAGCCUACACUACUGUGUGAAUUGUUUGGCAAGAAACCAUUUAAUUGGAAAAUGCCCUAGUAAGACUCGUUGCCAACAAUGCGAUGGCAAGCAUGACUCAACCCUACAUGGUCCAAAUAGGAUUUUAAAGAAUUUGCUCCAAGACCGAUCCCCACCACCAACUCCAGCCCCAAGAACUCAACCCAUACCAGCUCCACGCCAUUCCCUAGCAACAACACCCAUAACCACACCAAUUACAACAUCCAUGGCGAAAACCUUCGUACCGACUGUAGUUGUGCAGAUGAUCAUGGAAAGCGGAAACCGAGACACCAGUUUGAAACCCUUCACAAUCGACAACGAGGUUUUCGUCAAAGUGUUAAUUGGACCAAAUCUAGCAUCAAACGUUAGAUACGAGGUUUGUAUGGAAGUUGUUAAAGAUCUUCCAAAAACCCCUUACCCAAACCCAAUGGACGAAGCCAUUAAAAACAAAGUUUGUCGUAUCUCACUUGCUGACCCCGAAUUUUAUUCGAACAAACCUGUCUCUAUGGAGAUUGGAGGAGAUUUAUACACCAGCAUUCUUCAGCCCAAUGUAAUCCACAUCGACGGGGGCUCACUUAUAGCCCAGGAUUCUACCCUUGGCUGGCUGGUCAUGGGAUCCUCUACCCAAUAAACCCACACACAAUGAAGUUGCCAGGCCCGGGAGGAUGUUCACAUCAGUGAAAAAUUGAACGUUACCAUCACUGAAGUCCAAUAGCACCCACACCAAACUGCAGCCAACUUCAUUUUUAUACGAACGUCAGCUGCAGUUUUUGCCUUUUUACUUACUUCUAAUCAACCGGUGUGAAGAACAAAAAGUGUGUGCGCUACAGCGAACAAACAAACAAACAAAACAACAAACCCUACAACAGCAAAUUAAAUUUUAAAGUUUGUAAAUAAAUAAAUUAUAAACUUAACCCUAAAUAAAAGCAUAACAACUAGUGAUAAAACUUAUUAUUAGUGAUAAAUCCUAAAACUAAAAAUAAAUUAAUUUAUAUCACAGUUAAACCAAUUAAAAUUUAUAUCUAAAACUUAUAUCUAUUGUUAAAAGAAUUAAAAGAUUGUGAAAACCCUAAACCAAUAUUAAAACAUUAAAACACUAAAACCUUUAAAAAUACUUACAACUAAAAUAAAAUCUGAAUUUAUAACCUAAAAAUACUAACUAAUAUCUAUUGUUAAAAGAAUUAAAAGAUUGUGAAAACCCUAAACCAAUAUUAAAACAUUAAAACCUUUAAAAAUACUUACAACUAAAAUAAAAUCUGAAUUUAUAACCUAAAAAUACUUACCCUAUACACUUACCUUAUAUACUUACCCAAAAGUUCAAUAAACACAUAUGAAGUAUUAUAACGUUUUAUAAAGAAAAAAUCCCAAGCCUUUCUUAUUUACCCUUCCUCCUAAUUCCCGCGUAAGUACCCAUCU